GUCCCAAGCUGUUGAUUUGGGGCACAGAGGCUAAGCCAUGUCAAAUCCCUCUUUAACGACUUAAACCUGCAUUCAAAGGUAACAGCCUAAGUUCACCUGCCCCACCCUCACUCACUUACCCACCCAUCCAACGUCACUGAUCAGCCGUCAUUCUUCCCUUUACAUUUGAGAGCUUCACCACUACGGACGCUGUUCUUCCUCUGUUAACACUUGGGUGUUACAUCUAUCAAUCCAUCUGUCUAUCAUUUCUCAAAAGGAGAACUGAGCACCAAGAUUUUAUGGGACAUUAAUUACAGUCACCCAACAAAAGAGACAUUCUCUGGGAACAUCUCAGCAAGAGCAGCUACAUAAUAAAGUGUAUCUCUGGUUGGGAAAGGAGGACCUGACGAACAACACUUCCUGAAUCCCUGCCUGUGCUCUCCACCAGCAGCCAAAAAUGGGGAAUGCCAAAAGCAGCGCUAUGUCCAAGGAGAUCCUGGAGGAUCUCAAACUCAGUACCAAAUUCUCAGAGAAUGAACUGUCACAGUGGUACGAGAACUUCCAGAAGCAGUGUCCGUCUGGCCGUAUCACACCAGAAGAGUUUCAAAAGAUCUACGAACGCUUUUUCCCAGACAGUGAUGCCGCAGCAUAUGCCCAGCAUGUCUUCCGCUCCUUUGACACAAAUGAUGAUGGAACGUUGGAUUUCAAGGAAUACAUUAUUGCUCUACACAUGACAUCAACUGGAAAGACGGAGCGGAAGCUGGAGUGGGCCUUUUCACUCUUUGAUGUUGACAAGAACGGCUACAUCACCAAGUCAGAAGUGGCAGAAAUCUGUCAGGCUAUCUUUAAGCUUAUCCCCAAAGAUGAACAGGAAAAUCUUCCUGCAGAAGAGAACACUCCUGAGAAGAGAGCAGACAAACUGUGGUCGUUCUUCAAUAAAAAAGAUAAUGAGCGAUUGGCUGAGGGUGAGUUUAUUCAAGGCGUUCUUGACAAUGAUGGCGCGAUCCACCUUAUUCAAUAUGAGCCCAAAAAGUAAUAAUAAAACGAGAAUAAUAGCAUGACAUUUUGCGGUCAUAUAAUUUCCUUUGGUCAUGUGCUUUCCCCUUUUUCUUUUGUCCAAUUUUGUUUGUUUUUAACUUUUACCCUUUUAAUCUGGGCACGUCGGUCCUGCUUCUUGUAUUAGUGCGACAUGAAUCAUUUUGUAAAUAUUUGAAAGCCUAUUAGCUUCAAUAUGUUUCGAGUGAGUCGUGAUAUACAGAAUGAGGAUAGAUUAAAGUGAUAGUAAAAAACAAAAUAUG